UAGCAGCAGUUCAUUCUCCAAAACUCCGUCAUUGUGUCUGUAUUGCCGCACACACACUGUCCCUGUUCUCAUCUGUCCUCCCCGAAUGUCUCUGUUGUCUUGUCCUUUCCUCUCCCCAGCGCAUGCAGCCACUCGGGCGACGGUCGCGCUGUCUCGGGAACUGUUGCAACAAACCAAGUGCUCCAUUCAUGUCAUGUCAUCUGUGCUAUAGAGAAGUGGACAUGUGCAGGCUCUCCCCUCCUCUGUCUGCUCUGACAGCCACCUCUCCACUUUAUCAUCAGAUUGGAACGGGGCCAAGUCACUCAGUGCUGGCUAAAUGGAAGUUGGCCAUGAGUGAGGAUUUAUAGGACUGGUCCAGGCUGCCUUAGCUGGAAAUGAAUCGCACUGGGAAGCGCUCCACCAUGCCCGACUCACCUGCGGACGUCAAGACACAGUCCAGGUUGACCCCCCCUACCAUGCCGCCCCCACCCAGCACGCAGGGAGCACCACGCAACAGCUCCUACACCCCCACCACUUUAACGAAUGGCAGCAGCCACUCUCCGACGGCGCUCAACGGCGCUCCGUCUCCUCCCAACGGCUACAGCAACGGCCCCAGCUCCUCCUCCUCAUCCUCACUGGCCAACCAGCAGCUGCCGCCGGCCUGUGGUGCCCGGCAGCUCAGCAAGCUCAAGCGCUUUCUCACCACUCUACAGCAGUUUGGCAACGACAUCUCACCUGAGAUCGGCGAGCGGGUCCGCACAUUAGUGCUGGGACUAGUGAAUUCCACGCUAACCAUAGAAGAAUUUCACUCCAAGCUCCAAGAAGCCACCAACUUCCCCCUGCGACCUUUUGUCAUCCCCUUUCUGAAGGCCAACCUUCCUCUUCUUCAGAGAGAGCUGCUGCACUGUGCCAGGCUGGCCAAGCAGAACCCAGCUCAGUACCUGGCCCAGCAUGAGCAGCUGCUCCUGGACACCAGCACCACCUCCCCAGUCGACUCGUCUGAGCUCCUGCUGGACGUCAACGAGAACGGCAAGAGAAGGACACCAGACAGAACCAAAGAAAAUGGCUUCGAGCGAGACGCCGCCCUGCACCCAGACGUUCACCCCAGCAAACGGCCCUGCACCAUAAGCCCCGCCCAGCGCUUCAGCCCGUCCAAUGGUCUCUCCUAUCAACCCAACGGCCUGCCACACCCAGGCCCGCUCCCGCCGCAGCACUACAGGCUGGACGACAUGGCCAUCGCCCACCACUACAGAGACAACUACAGACACUCCGCCUCCAAUCACCGCGAGGUCAGGGAGAGGGCCAGGUCCAUCGGUAUGCAUGCAGGGACCAGGCAGGAGGAAGUGAUUGACCAUCGGUUGACGGACAGAGAGUGGGCUGAGGAGUGGAAGCACCUUGACCAUGUAAGAAAACUGCUGAACUGCAUCAUGGACAUGGUGGAGAAAACGAGGCGCUCGCUGACUGUACUGCGGCGGUGCCAGGAAGCCGACCGCGAGGAGCUCAACUACUGGAUCCGACGAUACAGUGACGCAGAGGAGCUGAAGAAGGGUGCUGCUGCUAGCGGGCAGUCGAGGCAGCAGAGCCCCGCGGCACAGGAAAAUGCAACACAACCAGAAAUUCACAGGGAGCUGAUGCACCGGCCUGUGUCUGGCUAUGUCCCCGAAGAGAUCUGGAAGAAAGCUGGUGCGGGAGGCUUGACUUCCUCUGUAUCCACACUCUUUCCAGAAGAGGCCGUGAAUGAGGUGAAGCGACAGGCCAUGUCCGAGCUGCAGAAGGCCGUGUCAGAGGCCGAGCGCAAGGCUCACGAGAUGAUCAGCACCGAGCGGGCUAAGAUGGAGCGCACGGUGGCUGAGGCCAAGCGGCAGGCGGCCGAGGACGCGCUCUCCCUAAUCAACCAGCAGGAGGACUCCAGUGAGAGCUGCUGGAACUGUGGCCGUAAGGCCAGCGAGACAUGCAGCGGCUGCAACACAGCGCGCUACUGUGGCUCCUUCUGCCAGCAUAAGGACUGGGAGAAGCACCACCACGUCUGUGGACAGACCCUGCAGGCUCAGCAGCAGCAGCAGCAGCAACAGCAGCAGCAGCAGCAACAGCAGCAGCAGCAGCAGCAGCAGCAGCAGGCCAGUCAGCAGCAGGGGGGCAUCCCGGGGUCAGACAACCCUGCUCCCAUCAACUCAUCAGCCUGCACUCCCAGCAGCGGGACAGGGAGUCCGGCUGCUACCCCGCCUGCUGCGACCCCUCGCUCCUCCACUCCCAGCACCCCGUCCUCCUCCUCCGCCCUGGAUGGCACACCACGUUAAGAGACUCGAAAACCGAGGAGGGAGGCGAAGGCCCAGGAGGGCUAACAGCCAGCUCUCACCCCCACAAACAGCAUGACUGUCUACACUGCCUUGCAAAGAUGCUAAGCUACCGUGGCUCACAGAAAUAGAUGGCGCUGCUUCUGUCUAUCGUGCAGCGCAGUCAUAGGAGGAGGUCCAUAAUCAGGUCAUAUUGACUUGUCACGUCUUUAAAGAAACACAAAGAUAUUCUUUGUUUUGAAUGAGUGAAUUUAAAUAUUGACAUCCUUUUCUCUUUACACUUGCUAUUCUCGUCGUCUGUUUGUCAUUGUGCCUGUUGUUGUUGCUGUUGCCGUCAUUGUAGCUUGUCUUAUUUUCUCCUGUAAAUACGAGACUGAGACUGAGCAGAGAUAGCCGUGAACUCUAAACAAGUAUAUCGGACCCUCCCUCUAUUUUUGUUGUUGUUUUUGUUUUUUUUGUUUUCUUUUCUUUUCUUCCAUCCUUGAAUUAACUCUUAUUUACUUUAUGUCCCCGGGACACGAGAUCUGUCAACCUCAACAAGGCAUUUUACCACGCAACAUACCAAGGGAAUACAACUCGCUGGCGGAAUGUCGUUCAGCUUUCUUUGAAAUUAGAUUUAAAAAGUGACAGGAACACUGAUGAAUGGAUACAUAAACAAAAUUGCUGCCUGGAGAAGGGAGAGGGAUGAAGUGAAUCUCUGGUCCACAGACUGCCGUGAAAUGGGCAGAUGUGCGGCAGAUUGCAAGCAGAGCAAGCUGUUCAACCAAUGUUAUUUCCCUCUCACUUGUAAUAAUAUCCAGGUCAGUGGGCUGGGAAAUACAAAUCCGUCUCCCUGAAGGAUGUAAGAGGAUACAAAACUUUGCCCACUGCACAUGUGGAGGGUGUACUGACUACAAUUCACAUGUGCAUGCUUGGUGGGCCACAGGCGCUCUCUCUAACAGGAAGUGAAGUCAUCGCCCUCCCCCGCUGAGACUGUCCCCUCGCAGGCAGCACACUGGGACACACUCUCCCCCACCGCCCCCCACCCCCCAACUGUCUCGACCCUGAGAGACAUCUUCAUGUCUCUUCAUGUUCUUUUUGUAUCGGUGUCAUGGUGUUUAAGACUUCUGUCCUGUGGUGUCAUCAAUGGUUAUUUAUUGUAUGUGUUGGACAGCUGUGACGACGCAUAGAGCUUCAACCAGUCACAGUCCUUCAUAACUCUCUCUCGCUCUCUCUCUCUCUCUCUCUAGCUGGUGCAAAAAGAGAUAAAAAAAAGAAGAAGUGUUAUCUCCCGCCCCCCCCCCCAGCUGCUUUUCUAUUCUGUGUGUCAGUGGUAGAUCCCUCGUAGUCACCAUAAGUUUUACUUCCCGUUGUCCUCAAGAAAAAGACAGAAGCUAUAUCUCAGAGCUGCUACUUGAGUCCGACCUUGAUCUUUUCUGAGAACUAGCAUGUUGCGCGGAAUGCUUAUCUAAAUGUUUUGUACACGGGACAUACAUUAAUGUAUUUGCACUGUCGCAGAGGUUAUUUCGGCAUGCUUCUUUUCAGCAUACUUGUGUUGUCGGUAUAGAGCCAUACUUCUUCUGCCAUUUUGUAUGUAGUGGUAGCAUAAUCCGGUUUUACUUUUUUUUUUGGGUUGGGGUGGGGUGGGGUGGGUGGAUGUAAAAUCACUAAACCCACUUUUUUUUUAUUAUUAUUAUUAUUGUUAUUCUCACCGUGCUAAGAAAAGCAGCCAUAAAGUUUGUUUUUGUUUUUUUUGUUUUUUUUUCCCUAAUAUUUAAACUUACAGACAGUGCAUGCACAUUACUGAGCGUUUGUUAAAGUGUUUGUUAUUUUUUAAGAAAAACUCAAAAGUGACCAAAAAAAAAGGCAAAAACAAAACACAAAAAACGUACUCUUAACAAAGGAACUUUCCAAAUACAGAGGUGUAGACUCCGAUUGACAGCUUUAACACUGCAAAGCACCAGGUAACACACACACAGUAGAUUAAAAAAAACAAAACAACAAAAAACAGCCAAAGACUGACACCAAGGACCAAAAUCCUGAUUUAAAAAAAAGUUUCAGUAGAGGUUUGAUUGUGCAUAAAAACAAUUUGGUUAUUUAUUUCUGCCAGACAUCGUUUGCUCAUUCACAGAACAAAUCCACGUCUAGUGUCAUGAAAAUCAUCCUUUAUUAUUCUGGAAAGUGGAAGCACUCAUCUUGCAUUGUGGAGUGAGGAAGGUGUGAAUGGAACACAGCGGACGUUUUUACAGCAGUGUUACAUUUUACCUGGAGCAAUAAUAACUAAUGUCACAUGCACACUCAUAACUCCUGUGACCAUUUUUCCCCUCGAUAUCUCGUGUGCAUUUCCUCAUUUCACAGAUUAAAUGUCCAUUUCAGCUUUAAGCAGUUAAUUUCUUUAUUUAUAAAGAGGUGAAUGUGAAGCGGAGCUUUCACUCCCAACACCAUUUACAGCUGUUUUAUAUUUAUUUAUAUCAGAGUUAUGUCUUUUCUUUUUUUUUUUUUUUGGAUAGAUAAUCAUUCACAGCUUUGUUGUAAAUCCUCACGCAAACCUCUUAUUCACAGUAAGAGAGCACUUAACCCUGACGCACACAAAGGCUCUUCACCCCAAAACACCUUGGUGCUACACAGAAGCGCGUUGCAAAUUCUGACCUCAAGGAAUAAGUGGAAGCCCAAAAAGGUUCUGGGCCAUUUUGUCCCUCUGUACUUCCUCAACUCUCCCUUCUUGUCUAACUAAACUACACACCUGCUUUUUUUUUUUUUUUUUUUUUUUAAAGGGUUAAACAAUCCAAAAAGGUGUCUAACACCCGACUCACAAUUCCUCAGAAGCUGUGAAGGAACAGCCAAGCUGUUUUUACACUUGUGUAUAUGAAAGUACACAACAAAUAAUGUGUGUUCAUCAUUAUCAGGGCAAAACCUGGGUUUAAACAAAAAAAAAAAAAAAAAAUGAAGACAAAUAUUAUUGCUCGGUGAUUCUUUGAGAAGCUUUUUUUUCUUAGUUUCUUCCCUCCUCUAUGUGUGUUUUGCUACAAAUUCCUCGGUGGCAAACAAGUCUCACUCUACCUCUUACAGCACGAAAAGAGCGUCAGUCAUGGCACUGAUACUGGUCUAGUUGAAACCAAAUGGGCACAAGAAAAACAGGAAAAUAAACCCAAAGUUGAAGCUCAUACAGCUGCAAAACCAUAUCACUACUUGGUAACAAUGCAGACCUCAUAAAUAAAUGAAACAUAAAUGAAUAGAAAUGAGAAAAAAAAACAAAAACGGGGGGAAACAAACUUGUUACGUUCCUUUAUGCCUGUGGCAUUUCUAGAUUACAUCAAAAGUGUUUGAACAUAUUUUUUUUUUCUAAAGUGCUAAUUUUAAAGAAAGGUGUUGUUGAAUCCUAUUACAAUGGCACAAACUAAAGUUACAGAAGUGUUUCUCUCGCUCUCACUCUUUUUCUCCCCUGUGUCCCCUCCAUUUCUCCUUUUCUCUUCUCUGUUGUAAAGACAUGCUAAAGUGCUUGUCAACCUGUCAGCUGAGGUAAAUUCAAAAGGGGGAUAUUAAAAAAAAGGAAAAACUGCUAAAAAAAAAAAAAAAAGAACAAAAAAAACAAACAAAAAAGACUAAGGCUAUGAAUUUAGGCAUGCCUGUUUUUCACAAUGGGAGGAAAUGUUAUUUAAAUUUCUUACUCAACAGGAAACAUUGGGGACAUAAUAAUGUGGGGCCAACAGUGAAAUGGCCGUAGCAUUAAUCUGGGGAGUGAGUUGAAGUUAUUGGGUGGGAGGGUUGUUUUGUUUUUGUUUUUGUUUUGCAUUCUCUUAAGAAAAUUUAUUGUGGAAAAAAAGAGUUCAAAUGAUUUGAAGUUGUUGUGCAAUACUUAAUUGAGACAUGUAAACCACAGGUUAGUGGUAGGCUGACACUGAGCGGUCUUUCCAUCGCUUAGGGUCAGUGUCCUCUAGAGAGCUUUCCAGUCUACUAUGUCAGAACUGUGGUUUCUUGUUGAUUUUUUUUUUCUUUUAGUUUCUUUUUUUUAUUCUUUUUGGGCUGUAAACUAUGGUCUGUCAGUCUGUGAAAAUUUGCAGUAUAAUUCUGGUAUUGUUGUUCUCUUUACGGUGUAAUAAAUAUGUUAAUACCUGA